AUGCCGGAUGAUGGUUUGUUUGUCGAAGAAAGGUUGUCAUAUGAGGGAUUGAUUAGUAAGAUUUGUAUGACCCUUGGUUGGGAUCCAGCACACGUGAAACUCCACCUUUCUUUGAUUUUCGAUAGUCCCGGUGGUAGGCGUGUAGUGAAGAUCAAGAAUGAUUCGCAUGUAGAGUUCAUGAACCGUGUAGAUCCAAUGUCAUGUUUGGAUUUAUACAUAGAUUUGGAAGAUAUCACUCAAGAAGAAAGAGAAGCGAGUUUGGAAAACGUGUCAUUUGGUGAUUUUCGAAGGGGGGAACGUGCUAGUACUUCUCGAAACCGUGAUGAAGAGGAGACACCUUUAUUUGCACAAAAUGACUACCGGGAAGAGUUGGAUUCCGACUACAUAGCUCCAAGUGAAAGCGAAGAAGACUGUGAUGUCUCCGGAGAGAGUGAUUUUGAAGAAAGUGAUGAUGAAAGGUUGGAAAAUGAGGAAAGGGAUUGUAAUCUAUUCGCCCGACGCCAUGUAUAUAGUAAGAUGGGGAACUGGGAUGCCUCAUGUGUAGACAAGGAUGAGUUUGCUCUUAAGAUGUGGGAUGAGACGCCCGAAGGAAUGGACAUUGGUGUUUGUUUCAAAUCUCAAUCAGAAGCAAAGCAUGCUGUGAAAUUAUGGAAUAUCCAUCAUAAAAGGGAAUAUACGGUCGCCGCGAGUAGUCCAAGGACGUGGGCUGUGCGGUGCAGAACAUUUAAUGUGGAAAGUGAGGAUGGUGAACCACCAUGUGAGUGGAAGAUGCGUGUGUCAUUGAAAGCUCACGGCCUUCAUGAAAUUGUGAGAUGGCAUGAUGCACAUAAUUGCAUGACUCCUGUGAAUGGUAAUGACAAUCGGUGUGUGGACGCGUCUUUGAUUGCUAGACUCAUCAGGAGAAAGGUUGAGGACAACGUAGAUUAUACGGUAGCCUCGGCACAGAAAGAUGUGAAGACCUUAUUGAAAGUAGAUGUGCCAUACAAAAGGGCGUGGCACGGGAGGAGGAAAGCCAUAGAAGCGGUUUAUGGUGAUUGGACCUCCAAUUUGAAGAACUUCCACGGGUUGUUGAGCGCAAUGUCACAGAUGGAUGAAUGGCGUGAUUUAGGAUAUGGUGGGCACUUUCUUUGCCUCCGCCACGUUCGCAGCAAUCUUGUGUCGCGAUAUAAUAGCAAAAAGGUGAAGCGGUUAUGUUGGAAGAUGGGCACGACACUUUCAAGAGUGAAAUACAACCGUAUGAGGGCAGAGCUUAUUGAAUUCAAACCUGCUGCAUGGGAGUAUCUUCGAGGGAUUGGGGGGAGUAACUGGGCUCGAUUGAAAGCCGGUCUUCGCCGUUGGGGCAUAGCGACAACCAACAUUUCUGAGAGUUACAACAAUGCGUUGAAAGGGAUCCGUUUUUUACCAAUUAGAGCCUUGAUCGAUGCAACCUUUCGCAAAACUAUUAAAUUCUAUAGAGAAGAACAAUUGUCUGCGAGAAAUUGCAUGACACCGAUCCCUCCUGAGUUAUGGAAAAAAUACGAGAAAAUGAAUGAUAAAGCAGCCAGUUUUGAAGCCACCCCUUUCGAUGGUGAUGAUGCUAUGUGGCGUGUUGUUACUACCACACGCCUAAGUGGCAGGGGUGGGUCUCUGUAUACGGUGAACUACGAUGAACAUAGGAUUGAAAUGGCGACGCCGGCAUCGGGCUCCCAAUAUGACUAUCAACCUAAACAUCUUCACCCGGGACCUAUACAAGAUAAAAUGCUAUAUCGUCAAACAAAGCAUAGGUCCCAAGCUGUCUAUGAGAACAGGAUACCGGACAUUAAGACAUUCCGCCUCAAGGGCCGUAGGUACGACAGCGAUUUUUGGGCGUUAUAUAAAAAUACGGCCCCGGAGAACACUGUCAAUCUACAGUUCUUGGCCCAGGUUGAGGAUUUGGAUCAGUGUAGUCGAUACAGUUGGGGAUCGGCACUGCUGGCUGGGUUGUACUCUGGCCUAUGCGAGGCAUCACAGUAUACCAUGCACGACGCCACCGGGUGUCUAUAUUUGCUACAGGUAUGGGCGUAUGAGCGGAUCGAGAGGAUCGCGCCCCAAAGAAAAGGAGUAGAUUAUUUGCUUGAUGAGACCGCUCCAUUAGCUCAGCGGUGGGAAUGUAGGUACACGUACGGCGACGCCCCAAGGAGCAGCACUCCACCGUUUAGAGAUCAAUUAACAAGUCUGCGUGUUGAAGAUUUUCGGUGGCAACCAUAUGCACAUGUCCUCCAUAGACUCCCUGAUUUCUGUACACAAGGCCAAGCCAUUUGGACGACUAGGUGUUGGAUGUUCUGUUGGGCUAUUAGGGAACCCCACGAGUCGGGCAGAGUCGUAAGACAAUUUGGAUACAUACAGGAUGUUCCCAAGCGCCCCAUGAUUAAAGAUAACGCAGCAUUUCUUCUCGAUCACGCCCACAGUAUGUGCAGGUAUCCUAGCAAUAGUUGGGAGGAUCACCAUUCCAUGAUACGCCGUCAUUGGAAUAGGAGAGAAGAGUUCGUGCUACGAGAUUUGGAGGAAGGAGAUCCUGGUUCCGUAUAUGAGGGUACUAUGAAUGGUUUAUGGUGA